UUUCUAAAGGCGCGGGGCCAUGGCCGACAAGAAGUUGGGAGAAGUGCGAACACAGUUUGUGCAGAAGGUAAACAAAGCUGUCAUCUGCGCAGUCCUGGAUGAUCUGCUAGAAAAUGGGGUCUUGAAUGAUGAGGAGGUGGAAAAGGUGAAGGCAGGAUCCGUCUCCCAGGAACAAGCCAGAACUUUGAUUGAUGGCGUCAAGAAGAAGGGCCCCAAAGCCAGCCUUAUUGCCAUCAAGAGCCUCCACACCCGAGAUGCCUUCUUGGCUGAACAGCUGGGUCUGGUGGCCUUCUUGGAAGGAAGUCCAUCACAAUCCCUCCAAGCUCUUGGUCUAAGGCCCAUCCUCUCCGUGGAAGAAACCCAGGCAGUGGAAUACAGACAGGGGAUCAAGCUUUGCCCUCCAAAUGUCUUUGACAAGAUCCAAAAGGAGGAAUCUACCAAGAUCUAUCCUAUUCUCCGGGACUUGAAGACACGCACCCGCUUGGCCUUGAUCAUCUGCAAUAUCGAGUUUGAGUCUGAGUUCUUCUCCAGGAGGGAUGGAGCUGAAGUGGACAUAGCAGGGAUGGAGUGUCUCCUGACAGGCCUGGGCUACAAAGUGGAACCACAUAAAAAUUUAUGCUCCAAGCAAAUGGCUGAACGUUUAAGAGAAUUCGCUGCUCGGGAGGAACACAAGAAUUCAGACAGCACCUUUGUGGUGCUCAUGUCUCAUGGCCUGCGGGCUGGCCUGUGUGGCGUGAAGAGCCAGGGCGAGAACUCCGACAUCCUGUCCCAUGACACCAUCUUCUCCAUCCUUAACAACAAGAACUGCCCAAAUCUGAUGAAUAAGCCCAAAGUGAUCAUCAUCCAAGCAUGCCGUGGGGAAAAUAAAGGCAUGAUAUAUGUGAAGAGUGCAGACGCACCGUCUACUGAUUCCAUGUCUCCUGCCCCACGGCCUCUGGAAGACUACGAAAGCGACGCCCUUCGAAAAGAACACGUGGAGAGCGACUUAAUUUGCUUCUGUUCCUCAACCCCAGAUAAUGUGUCCUGGAGGAGCCCUAAAACAGGCUCCAUCUUCAUUGUCCAGCUGAUAAAGCAGAUGCAGGAGCAUGCCUGGUGCUACCACUUGGAAGAGAUCUUCAGAGAAGUCCAGCAAUCAUUUAACAACAACCCACUGCAGCUGCCUACCAAGGAGAGAACUACACUUAUGAAAAGAUUCUACCUGUUCCCAGGCCAUUGAAGCCAAGCAAGAAGGUCCGUGUGCUGUUUCCAAACCAACUCCCUCCAGAUUUUCCUCUGCUCCAAAUAGUCUUUUGAGAUGCAGAGUCACGUUUCAAACCAA